GAAUUGGAGAAUAUCGUUCAUCUUCUUAGUUUGUCCAUCGGUCUGUGGGUGGAAUGCAAUUCUAUACCUGAGCGUGGUUCCAUAGGCUUUAAAGAGGUGUUUCCAGAAUUAUGAAAGGAAGCGAGGGUCACGGUCGUUGAUGAUGUUCUCGGGAAGACCGUGAUGGCGUGCGACAUGGUCGAAGAAGAGAAUGGCGACGUCCUUGGCGCUGUGCGAUGUGGUGCAAGGGAUGAAGUGGGCAUGUUUAGUCAAGCGGCAAACAAUGACAUAGAUGCAAUCAUGUUCACGGAUGGAGGAGACGAUGGUGUUGUCCGUGUGGAUGGUGAAGUAUUGCCCGUCGAGGUACGGGCGCCAAACUUUGAGGGCGUGGAUCACGACGAGGAGUUCCUUCUCGUUGGAGGGGUAGUUCAUCUCCGCAGGAAGGAGCUUCUUGCUAGCGAGGGCGAUGGGGUACUCGUCGGCUGGAGCCUCGGGGUGGGUGGGGGAAUCUUUGAUGGAGGGGGUUUCAAAGGUGUCGCGAGGGAAGUGUUGGGAUGGGACGGCUCCAAGCGCGAAUUCGGAUGCGUUAGUGGUAACGUAGAAAUGUUGAGAGGGGUCGGUGAUCUUGAGGACGGGGGUCGUGGUGAUGGUUUGUUUGAGGAGGUCGAAGGCGUUUUGGCGGCGGUCGUUCCAAGUGAAGGGUUCGUCCUUGCGGGUGCAUUUGCUGAGCUUGGCGUAGAAUUUUUGCUCUUUGAGGAUAGAGAGGACUUGGCAGAGAUGUUGAAGGUGGGACUCGAAGGUGGGCCUGUAGACAAGGAUACCAUCAAGGUAAACAACGUCACAGACUUCGAGGAGGUCGCAAAAGAUGUGGUUCAUGGUGGAUUGGAAUGUGGGGGGGCCGUUGGUGAGUUCGAAGGGCGUCACGAGAAACUCGUAGUGCCCAAAGCGAGAACGGAAUGUGGUCUUGUGGGUGUCCUCCUUGCGGAUGCGGAUCUGGUGGAAGCCACUGCGGAGGUCAAUUUUGGUAAAAUAUUUGGCUCCAUGGAGACGAUCAAGAAGCUCGGAGAUCCGAGGUGGGGGGUACUUGUUCCUGAUCGUGAUCCGGUGAUCCGAUUUAAGGCGCGGUAGUCUGUGCGCAUCCGGAGUUCGGAUGUUCCGCGUUUCUUGAUGUAAAGGCAGCUUGUGCCGAAGGGGGGUGAACUUGGCUUAAUGAAUCCUUUUUCAAGGA